GAAAAUCACGUGUUCAGAGAUGGGUGGAGCCACUGCAGGGACUUAAAUACCGAGACCGGCACCUGAGAUCUUCAAAUCGGGGUGGGAAGGCCGUCUGCAGCACAGAAACUGUUUUGGUUUCUGGUUCUAACUUUACAGUCAAGGAAACAUGUCUUUCUUCAAGAAAUUCUUCAAAGAUGUUCUCCGUAAAGCAGACCCAGCCGACGACACCGUUAAAGUGAAGGAUAAUCCUAAACCAAAGUACUAUGGAACAGUCACUCCGUAUCCAAACUUCAAUGCCAGCCAAGACGCCGCCACCCUCCAGAGCGCCAUCAAGAGUAAAGGCGUGGACGAGGAUGUGAUCAUUGCCAUCCUGGUGAAGAGAAACAACGAGCAGAGACAGAAGAUCAAAGUGGUUUAUGAAGCGUCCACUGGGAAGAAGCUGGAAGCAGAUCUGAAGUCUGUUCUCAGGUCAGAUUUCGAGGACGUGUGUCUGGCUCUGCUCAUGGACCCGACUCACUAUGAUGCCCACCUGCUCAGGAAGGCCACAAAGGGUUUCGGCACGCAUGAAGACAUUCUGGUGGAGAUUCUGGCAACAAGAUCAAACCAAGAGAUUCGAGAGAUUAAAAGGGUCUUCAACGAAGUGUACAAAACAGAGCUGGAGACGGUCAUUCAGGAUGAAACCGGUGGUGACUUCACCUCGGCCCUCCUGGCCAUGUUGAAAGCAAACAAAGACGAGAGCAAGGAAGUCGACAUGAGUCUGGCCCAAAAAGACGCUGAGAUUCUGUUCGAGGCCGGUGAGAAAACCAAAGGAAUCAAUAUUUCUGUCUUCAUCGACAUCCUGACCAAGCGGAGCGCGCCGCAGCUCUCAAAGACAUUCCAGCAGUACGCCACCGUCAGUGACGUCAAGUUGCCUAAAGCCCUGGAAAUGGAGCUAAGGGGAGACAUUGAGAAAUGUCUCAUUGACAUUGUGAAAUGCUCCUGGAACACACCCGCUUUCUUUGCAGAGAAGCUCCAUCUGGCUAUGAAGGGCAUCGGCACACACGAUCACACACUGAUCAGGGUGCUGGUUAGCCGCUCCGAGGUCGACCUGAAGAAGAUUGUGGAGGAAUACAGGGCCAUGUAUAGUGUCAGCUUACAGGAUGACAUAGUGAAAGACACUAAAGGACAUUAUCAGGCUAUUCUGCUUGGACUGUGUGGAGCUCCCUGACAUUUUGCUCCCAGCCAAAGCUGUGCAUUGGAUGCAACUAAAAUGUCACAUUGAAAAUCACUUGACUAAUCUGUGUUAUUGAUUGAAUUCAUCUAACCAACAAUAAAAACAGCUCAUACCUA